CAGCGAUGACGUUGGUAGACAUUCUGGUCUUGGCAGCCCUGGGGCUCUCCAAAACCCCAAUUGUUGGAGAAGCUUGCGAACAAGGAAGCCUUGUACCUUUGGUGGGACCUGCAUCGCCUACGUGACAGAGAUCUGUUCGUUUUCACAUCCGGGAACAUGCACGAACUGCCUGAGAAUGUCAAGCAACACUUCCCUGAGAAGGACUAAUCCCUCAAAACCGUUUCAUUGCUCCUUUUGCAAUCGCGGCUUUGCACGGCAUGAGCACCUCAAGCGACACAUUACUACCCAUACGAAUGAAAAGUCCUAUGCCUGUUUUUGUGGUAAAGCUUUCGCUCGAAAGGACCUACUCAAGCGGCACGAACAGAAUGGCAAGCACUUGGUCACUCCACCGUCCGACGAAACUCCACCUGCUCAGUCAAUACAGACGGAGUGCAAUGGCAUUGAGAUCGAGUCUUCGACUGCGACACCUGAACAUUUGGGCAGAGGCCAGAUGAUGAUGCUAGACGGGCACUUGCCUCAACAGUCAGCAUACCCACUACCAGCAUAUGCCGGGGGGAGCAGAGCGCCAGACGCAACAGACCUAUUUGCGCCCGAUGCAGACUUUACGUAUUCCAAUGACUUUGGCGACUUCUUCAACUUCAUCGAUACCAUGGGCUUAAAUGCGGGACUAGAUUUCUUGCACGACCCCGAAUUCAACAUGCACGAUCCAUCAUUCUCGGGCGAUGGAUCAUUGUACUCGACAGCCGAAGCGCUGCAAAAGCCGUCCCAGUCUCUAAAUGCUACGGCAGCUGUACCUCCAUCUCACCGAAUCAGGCCUAUGGAAGACGACUUUGAUGAGCUGGGACCUGUUCCGUGUCCUUGGAGAGUCCAUGAAGAGCAAAGGGCAUCGAUUGCUGCCGCAUUGCUUCCGUUCCAGGAUAAGCUUACAGGCUUCAAACUGCCGUCACGACUUAUGCUUGGUCGCUACGUCACCGCGUUCUUCGAAGACUAUCGGGAUCAUCUACCCAUCAUUCAUCCUGCAACAUCUACACCUUCACAAUAUUACAAGUAUCCUGGACUGUUCUUGGCAUUGACAGCUAUCGGAGCCGUGUAUAGAUACGAGAACAAGACUGCCAGAGAGCUAUUUCGAGCUGGUAAAGAGGUCGUUCUCGCGUCCUGGCAAGACGAAGACACGUCCCGGUUAGAUGAACAGCAUCUUUCCGAUCAGUGGACCAAAAAGCUGCGCAAUGUACAAGCAGCCUUGUUGCUCGACAAAUUUGCGUUUUGUCAGUGCGACCUUCGCUCAGCGAAGGAUACGUUGACCAUACAAAGCUUACUUGCUGGCUAUCUCCGCAGCAGCAGUUCCAUAGCUACCUUCUCACCUGGGUUGGGUCGUGAUAACUGGAAUGAGUGGGUACUCCACGAGAGCUUUCGGAGAACACAGCUCGCGACCUUCUUUGUAUUGAACAUGCACACUGUCUUUUUCAACGCUCCGCCGAUGGUCCUAAGUAGUCAGCUAGACGUCGAUCUACCCUGCUCAACGGCUGAAUGGAUGGCACCUUCAGCGUGCGCGUGGGCCGAUGUCAGAUCGCGUUCGCUUGACAACGUCAGCUUCAGGGAUGCUUUCCAAGCACUCUUCUCAGACUCACCCGCAGGAAAGGAGGUCAACUAUUCACCAUUUGCUAACCUCGUUAUUGUUCAUGCUCUAGUACAGCGUGUCUACCUAGCACGCCAGUUGCAUAACAAUCACCACGGCGCCCUUCGAGAUGCCGACAUGGACGAAAUAGGACUAGCACUCAAACAAUGGACUGCCAUCUGGAAGCAGGCACCUGAAUCUAUACUCGACCCACUCAACCCUGACGGGUCCAAUUCUCUUACUUCCACUGCAUUCUUGGGACUGGCACGCAUACGACUAUACUCCAACUACACUUAUUCGAUGCGAUUCGGCAGUUGGGAUGCAAAGCAAAUAGCAAGUAGCCUCUUCGAAGAUGUGCUACCGGCACGCAGUAGCAACAUGACAUUGGCAUUACUGCACUCAGUCCACGCUCUGAACCUUCUGGUCAAGUUUGGAAUCAGGUACAUCAGUCGUAUCAUGUUCGUUCGAUGGGAUAGUCAGAAUCUGUUCUAUUAUCUCGAAGCAGCUGUCUUCUUGAGUAAGUGGCUAGAAGAACUCGCGAAUACCCACCACGCAAAUCACGCUGCCGAGGCAGAGCUCAAGGUCGUUGGGAUUGUUGUACGCAUCGUAGAAGAAGUGGCAGCAUCUCUUGAGCCGUUCGAAAGCUUGGGCCAUAUCUAUACGCUGAACGAUCUGGACCACGGCGAUCUACCUGCCAUGCUGCAUGUUCUCAGCUCGCAACUCGCUAGGUCCUGGGCAUAUGUCUUCAAUACUAGCGGAUCGCCUUGGCCCAUCGUCCGGUUUCUCGGUAGCAUUAUCGACCACUACGCAGGCAUGCUGGAAAAGCAGAACAUGCUGCGCCGGACAGCAUCGUCAACCGCCGAUCAGGGCAUGUAUCGAGGCUCCUGAUACUUCUUUUUCCAGACGCCUGCAAUGGUGGUCUCUCCCACAAAGGUAGCUCUGACACCUGGAAGAGAAGAGAUUCCGCCGUUUAUGCAGACUCAACCGCGGGUUACCGGUGGAGAGGAAGAUGCUGUUGCCGAGAUAACAGCGUCUGCGUUUCCCAUCGCGUUGUUGUCUGCUGCGUAAAGAAUUGACGACCUGUCCUCGGAAAUGCUAAGGGCAAAGCUGAGGCAUACACAUUGAAGGGAUGAUUACGCUCGCUCAUCCCUAGAUGGUCUUGAGGCUAGCGAAUAUGCCCAGGGUCGCAUACGAGCGGCUGCAGAUAUUCCCGAUGGAUUGGCAGAUGACUCUGAGUUCA